AUGAAUGGGCAAUUCAUGUUCGACCCAAUCGCUGGAUACUCCAGAGUACCAUCUACGCAACUUGAGAAACAGGGUGUGUGCGAGGAUUUAGACGCCAAAACGCUUGCACUUAGCGCCUUUGGGCCGCGAGCGCAGUAUAAAGACACGUCAUUGUGCCACAAACUGGUGUGGAAUUUCCACUGUUUAUCGUGGGUGACCACAUCAUUCAAAAGAAGUGUGAAUGGAACAUUUGUAAAUUGUGGCACCAAAAAUGGAUCUAGCAAUAUUCCAUUGCCGCCGUGUCGUUCAUUGUGCGUUGAAGUGGCGGACAAGUGCGUUUACUCGCACUUCUAUCGAAUGUAUCUGGAUGAAGUGUGUGGAAACAUUGGAUGCUUGACCGAAAUUCAGGAAGCCAGAAUUAGCGGCGCUCACGGCAUCAACGUGGCGGAAACCACGUGUGUUUCUGGAACGUGGGUCUACAAUGAGAGCAAGACCUACUCGCGUUGCUCUACCCGCUCUUUUGAAACACCUGCGGCAACAGCAGCGUAUGAAGUUGUCAAUAACGUGCAAGGGUGCUGCUUGCUUGAUUGCGAGGUUUCGGACUUUGCGCUACAAACGUGCGAGGAACAAUGCGACGUAAUCCAAACAACAGAAGACAUCGAUCUCUACGCGAAUCAAAUCCCACACUUAAUCAAGGCCAUAGCUUUGUGGAGCUAUAAGUGCUCGGGAGUCGAGAAAAUAUUUGCUGAAGCCUUUGCAAGAGAAUCGCGGUUGCUAUGCGCUGAGCACAGAAAAGCUUUUUCCCAGAGUUUGCAUUCGCACGUGUGA